UGACAGGCAACUGUGUAGCUUCAGACUUAAGUCUGUGACUAGGACUGGGUGUUCUUGGGAAAAACGCUUUUAGACAUGCAUUCUACCACCUGUAAAAUGUGGAUGGACAGCGUUUAAUCUCUCGGAGCUGAGGGCUGCAGACCAAGCCCAGGGACAGAGCCCCAUGGGUGUGCUUUACUCUUUCUUCCCUCUACCAGGACAUCUCCUGUGAAGCUUCCUGUAUGUGACCCGAGGAUGGCGGAGCCACAGGGCCAGGAGCUCACAGCUGAGUGCCCCGUCUGCUGGAACCCCUUCAACAAUACAUUUCACACCCCCAAAGUACUAGACUGCUGUCACUCCUUCUGUGUGGAAUGCCUGGCUCACCUCAGCCUGGUAACCCCAGCCAGGCGCCGUUUGCUCUGCCCGCUCUGUCGUCAGCCCACCGUGCUGGCUUCAGGACAACCAGUUACUGACUUGCCUACAAACACUGAAGUAUUGACCCUGCUCCGCCUAGAACCCCACCAUGUCAUCCUUGAGGGCCACCAGCUCUGUCUCAAGGACCAACCCAAGAGCCGUUACUUACUGCGUCAGCCUCGGGUCUAUACCCUAGACCUUGGCACAGAGCCUGGGAGCCAGACUGGACCCUCUCAGGACACAGUCCCUGACAGCAGGCCCAUGCCCAUCCCCAGCCACUACUCUCUCAGAGAGUUUAUCCGCAACCCUCACUUCCGGAUCUUUGCCUACCUGAUGGCUGUUAUCCUCAGUGUUACCCUACUGCUCAUCUUCUCCAUCUUUUGGACUAAGCAGUUCUUUUGGGGAGCGGGGUGAGUACUCUCUUUGUUCCAGCACAAGGAACUGAGCCUUUCUCUGUGGUUGCUGGAAU